AUGGCCUGUGUGGCAAUUAGCUGGGCGCCUGAGAUAACAAAAGGGCGGCACGCGACCCCUGACCUCACCCAGGAGAGAUGCCAUCAGCACAAUGGCCGCGCCACAACCUCCAGUACUUACCACAACCUCCAGCUUGUGUCACAACCUCCAGCUUGUGUCACAACCUCCAGCAUGCACCACAACCUCCAGCAUGCACCACAACCUCCAGCAUGCACCACAACCUCCAGCAUGCACCACAACCUCCAGCAUGCACCACAACCUCCAGCAUGCACCACAACCUCCAGCAUGCACCACAACCUCCAGCAUGCACCACAACCUCCAUUACAAACAUCCUUAGAUAAGUCACAGAAAAAGUAA